AACAAUAAACUCUAAAUCUAGAAUAUUCUGAAUAAUACAAGAAAGAUAUGGGCAUCCACCCAAUCUUUCAUACCAAAAACCUGAUAUUAAGAAAUUGUGAAUUCCAAUUAAAAAAAUUCAAAAUUCAAAUGCUGUUCACUCUUCUUCAACCCCAACUCUCUUCUUCUUCCCUCCCUCGUAUUCUUCUUCAAAUUCAACCCACCAAAAACCCUAACAAAACCCUUAUAAUCCCUAAUCUCAAAUUCAAAAUUCUCUCUUCUUUUUCAUCAACCAUGUCUUCUUCUUCUCCUUCUUCAUCUUCUUGGGCUUGCUCUAAAUGCACAUUUCUCAACCCACCUUCCCAAAAAUCAAACUGUCAAAUUUGCCAAACUCCAUUUUCUCUCUCCUCUUCUUCAUCACCCUCUAAAUGGGCCUGCAAAGCUUGCACCUUUCUCAAUUCUUACAGUCUUUCAAAUUGCGAAAUUUGCGACACUCGAUCCAAUUUGCAAGAAUUGGAUUCUAUUGACCCGGAUGAUGAUGAUCUUUCUGGAGUUUCUUCUGUGGGUUCAGUGUUUUUUCCAUUGCGCCGUUGUAAUUCGGGUCGGGUUCAAGAACCCGAUGAUUCGGGUACUAAGGAAAAUGUUCAAUCUCAAAUGGGUGUUGGUCAAUUUGUUGAUCAAGUUGUUCAUUUGGGUGGGCUUCGGAAUUCGGGUUCUAAUAAGCGUAAAUUCCAUGACCUAGGUUCUGAUAACGCCGAUGCUGUCAGUUGUCUUGCUACAAAGAAAGAAGAAAAGACUGUAGCAAUUAAGAGUUCCGAGUUGGCAAAGAUUGCUGACAAUGCUGUGGGCAAUGCCUCAUUCAAGAGGAAACUCUGUGAUUUAGGUGGUUUUAUUGAGAAACCCAUCAUAGUAGAUGGAUUUCGCGAAGUUAAAUCUUCCAGAAAGAUUGUUUCGGUUGAAGGUUCUGAAAAUGGCUUUGACUUAGAGGUCGGAAAGGCCAAAACAGGUGCUUCAGUUUCCAAGGAAAUUGCUGAAAAUACUGAAAUUGAGGAAGUUUCAGGUGUGAUAAAGAUCCUUUCAUACAAUGUGUGGUUCAACGAAGAAUUGGAGGUGCAUAAGAGGAUGCAAGCAAUUGGCGACCUUAUUCAGCUACACUCUCCUGAUGUUAUCUGUUUUCAGGAGGUCACUCCCAAUAUCUAUGACAUUUUUCGAAAAUCUAAAUGGUGGAAGAAAUAUCAGUGCUCUGUCACCUAUGAACGGGCAUCCUCUGAGAUGUACUAUUGCAUACAGUUGGCCAAACUUCCUGUAAAAUCAUUCAGUCGUAAACCAUUCAGUAACUCACAAAUGUGCAGAGAUUUGGGUAUAGCUGAAAUCGUAGUGAAUCAAAACAAGUCGCUGGUGGUUGCUACUAGCCAUCUUGAGAGUCCUACCCCAGGACCCCCAACAUGGGAUCAAAUGAACAGUAAGGAAAGGGUUGAACAGGCAAAGGAGGCCAUAAACCAGCUUAAAAGACAUCCGAAUGUCAUAUUCUGUGGUGAUAUGAACUGGGAUGAUAAUCUUGAUGGCCAUUUUCCAUUUCUGGAAGGAUGGUUUGAUGCUUGGGAGAGGCUGAGACCUGCUGAGAUGGGAUGGACAUACGAUACUAAGUCCAACAAUAUGUUGUCUGGAAACCGUAAAUUGCAAAAACGGCUUGACAGAUUUAUUUGCCACUUGACUGAUUUUAAGAUCAUCAGCAUAGAUAUGAUUGGAACUGAGGCAAUACCAGGUUUGACAUUCAGCAAACAGAAGAAACUGAAGAACAGGAUUCAAGAAUUGAUUCUUCCAGUUUUUCCUAGUGAUCACUUUGGUUUACUUUUGACCAUUACUAGCAGUUAAGUAGUACGAUGGCCAAGAUUUUGUAUAGGAUAACAGGGUUACUACGCCUGUUUUUCCCUUUUCCCAUGAAUUUGUUGGCGUUGUUUAGGCAGGUCUUUUGUAUAGCCGGAAUGGAUGUGUUUUUGUCAGAGAAUUGUGCUCUGAGGUUUUGUAUAUGGAUCUUCUGCUAGAUUAAAAAGAAUGAUUUUUGUUCAACUCUUUCAUUGUAAUGAAAUAUGUUUUGAAUACAAGAUCUAUUUGCUGCAGUAACU